GUCUAAAUGUGUUAUUAAGUUGCCUAACCUGUUUUAUCGUAAAUUGUUCUCAGGUUUACUGUAACGUAAGAGGUACUGUGAGGUACUUUUAUGUCAGAGUUUUUCUUCAGGCAAAAGUGUUAUAUAAAUAAACAAAAGUUAUAUAAAUAAUUCGUUUUAUUUUUGUCCUGAAAACACAUUAGAAAUCAAGAUAUUCGAACAAUGGGAGAACGUAAGGGAACAAAUUUAUACUAUCCACCUGAUUACGAUCCCCGUGUUGGUGGUCUUAACAAAUUUCUUGGUACUCAUGCACUACGUGAAAGAGCACGUAAAUUACACAUGGGCAUUCUUAUUGUCAGAUUUGAAAUGCCAUAUAAUAUAUGGUGUGAUGGUUGUGGCAAUCAUGUAGGAAUGGGUGUUCGUUACAAUGCAGAGAAAAAAAAAAUUGGAAUGUAUUACAGUACACCAUUGUAUCAAUUUCGCAUGAAAUGUCAUCUCUGUGACAAUCAUUUUGAAAUAAAGACUGAUCCAGCAAAUUUAGAUUAUGUAAUUGUGAGUGGUGCAAAACGCCAAGAAAAUCGCUGGGAUCCUAAAGAAAAUGAACAGGUGGUACCAGAAACAAAAGAAGUAUCUUGCAGACUAUAUGAUGAUGCUAUGUACAAGUUGGAACAUGGUAUAGAAGAUAAGAAAAUAGCAAAAUCAAAAGAUUCUUCCUUGGAAAAUGCAAUAGCAUUAAAUAAUGCUACAUGGAAGGAUGAUUACUCUUCAAAUUGUGCAUUACGCUCCGCAUUUAGAACACGAAAAAACGAGUUACAGAAGAAACAAAGUUUGGAUCAAGUGUUGCUUAAAAAAAGUGGAUUGAAUAUUGACUUAGUUAAUGAACACGAAGAUGAUAUAAGGUUAGCCAAAUUACUGAUGCAUAAAAGAGAUACAAAAAAGAAUGGGCACAACCCCUUGAAACGAUUGAUUACUAUUGUAAGGUCUAGAGAUAAACUAAAACAUUCGUCACAUUCUGUAUUAAGCAAUAACACUAAAAAUCAAACAGAUCAAACACAUAAACUUCCUAAGCUUACUCAACAAGAACCUUCGAGUUCAAAAACAACUACUAAUACGUUAAGUAUAUCGUUAGUCACUUAUGAUAGUUCUGAUACAGAUAAUGAUUCAUAACACAGAUAUUUGUAAUAAAAAUACGUAUAUAUGUAACAAAUAUAAUUUAUAAUGUUAUUUAGUA